UGCGUGGCGGCAGACGGGCAGAGGCAGACCAGAUCCGCAAGUUCAUUCAUUCAUUUGAAUAAAUAAUUAAAUUGAAUCAGUCUUGUCCUCCUCUUCUCCGAUUCUCUUGUCUUCUCUCCAGAUUCUUCUCCCAGUCUAGUCCAUAUGAUAUACUAGUCAGUCAAAUUUCCAAAUACUAGUGGUGCACUCACAGUGAGCGAUUCGUUCCAAUUUCACCGUCAGAGUUCCAAUGGUGAGGGCGUCCGUCUCAGUAAUCAUAUACAUAGCAAUUGCAUUCCUUGUCCUCUUGCUCAUCUCCCACUCCCCAAAGAAACCCGGCAACCACCGCCACCGCCGCCUCAAGCUCCGCUCCAACUUCACCUUUGCUCCCCCCCUCCACCACCAUAACCCGAUCCCCUUCGACCCCCUCGUCGCUGACAUUGAGCGCCGCCGCGAGGACCGUAAGUGGGAGCAGCAGCACUUCGAUCAUGCCUUCAACGCCUCCCACGACUCCGCACCCGCCGCCGAGUCUCAGCCCGAGUGGGAAGACUACAUGGACGCUGAGGAUUACUUGAACAAUGAGGACAGGUUCAACGUCACCAACAGGUUGCUUUUGUUGUUUCCAAAGGUUGAUGUCGACCCGGCUGAUGGAUUCGUCACCGAGGACGAGUUGACUCAGUGGAACUUGAACCAGGCUCAGAGGGAAGUCUUGCAUCGAACUCAGAGGGAUAUGGAGCUUCACGACAAGAAUCGUGAUGGCUUUGUUUCCUUUGCCGAGUAUCAGCCCCCCAGUUGGGUUCAGAAUGCAGAUAACAUCUCCUUUGGCUAUGAUAUGGGUUGGUGGAAAGAGGAACAUUUUAAUGCAUCCGAUGCGAAUGGAGAUGGUCUUCUUAAUAUAACUGAGUUCAAUGACUUUCUACACCCAGCUGAUAGCAAAAACCCGAAGCUACUUAAGUGGUUGUGCAAGGAGGAAGUAAGGGAAAGGGACACUGACAAAGAUGAAAAGAUUAACUUCAAAGAAUUCUUCCAUGGCCUCUUUGAUUUGGUGAGGAACUAUGAUGAACAAAAUCACAAUUCCACCCAUCAGUCUGAUGAUUUGGAGUCCCCAGCCAAAAAUUUGUUUGCUCAGCUUGACAAAGAUGGCGACGGGUAUUUGUCAGAUGAGGAAAUACUCCCUAUUAUUGGAAAGAUACAUCCAUCAGAACAUUACUAUGCAAAACAACAAGCAGAUUACAUUAUAUCACAGGCUGAUACAGAUAAAGACGGGCGACUAACGCUGGGAGAGAUGAUAGAGAACCCAUAUGUAUUUUAUAGCGCUAUUUUCAAUGACGAUGAGGAAGAGGACUAUUACCAUGAUGAGUUCCGUUAAUCUCAUUAGUGAUUCUCUUGUCUUAUUGUUUUAAUAACAUUAUAGUUGCAGGAUGCGGUAGAGUUCAAAAUCUUCGUUGGUUUUGUUAUUGUUUGUUGAUAUGAUGGAGCUAGAGUAUGAAAGAGACUGAUUCAACCCAAACACGAGAAGGGGGGGGUGGGGGGUGGGGUGGGUUUGGGUGGGUGUGGUGUGGUGGGGUGGGUUUGGUGCCCUUCCAAAAUAUGAAAAUACAUUCCAUAGUGCAUGCUCCCGCGAUCCCAUGGCUGGCUCGGUUGGUUAUCUGGAGCCAUUUUGAAGGAGGAUUUAUUUAUUUUAUAGAGCUGCUUGACAAUUAAACGCAAAUGUAAUGGACAGACUAGUGAAGGAAGACAUUUUUAUGAUUGUUAUUUUUUA